UCCAUGACUUUUUUUAUUUUGGCAGAGAAAAGAAAACAGCAACUAGAGUGGAGUGGUAGUCGUGACUGUCUAGUUAAGAAGCUGCAGUGGAUGUACAGCCAAAGAGUAACAAGGACAUGAGGUUGUGAUUCCAGGAUCAAUAAUGAGGAGAGCUGAAAAAGGAGGAGGAGAUAGUGGUGGUACAGGGUGGGCAGACUGCCUGAAAUGAAACACUACCCCUGGAACUGGGAUCACAUUCCACCCACAGAAAAAAAGGCUACACUACAAAUUAUUUAAGACAAAAAAGAACUGCAGAAUGCUACAAGUAAAGUAUCUGGAAUUAACAAGGAACGGAAUUACUCUCUGUGUUUGUUACUAAUGGUUUCUUCAGGAGCUCUGAGCUGGGUAGCCAGGGCAACAGGGGAACAGAACUACAAACUUGUGGUCCAGCCGCUAAGCUUGAAAAAGAACCUAAAAUGCAAAAAGUUUGUCCAAGCUCGAGAGAUGACCCCGAACAUUCUGUAGAUGAAUGGAAGGUGACUAAAUAGAGUUUGUCUGCCGUCUCUGGGGAGGAGGAGAAACGGCACCAUGGGCCUGGAAUAUAUUGCAGCUUCACGGACUUAAAGCACAGACAUUUGCCGAAAUGAAAAGGUAUAAGAAAGUCCGAGCAGAAUGACCGGAGGAAAUGAGAGUGAAGGGGCAGAUAACGAUGAUGGGACAACAGUACUCCAACUCCCUGUUGGCUGGCAGAGGAAGUUAGAGGCAAACACUGUGGUUUAUGUCAGCCCAAGUGGUACCAUUCUUUCCUCUCUCGAGCAAGUGAGUGCUUAUCUCCUGGCAGAUGGAACCUGUAAGUGUGGCCUGGAAUGUCCACUCAUCGUACACAAGGUGUUUAACUUCGAUCCUGCUGCUGUAGUCAAACCAAGAAGUGCAGAGGAAAUUAAAGCAGAUGAAGAUAUGACAAAACUCUGUAAUCAUAGGAGGAAAAACGUUGCCAUGGCUGCACUUUACAAAACUAUGGAGACAUCAGUACAUGGAAUACCAAAACACGUACUUGGUGGAACUUCAAAUCUGACCUCACCAGCAGAUACAGUAUGUUCAGUAAACAGACCCCAGUCAUUGUUGUUUACCAGACCUUCUCCACUGGAAAAGGACUAUUUCUCAAAGUUCAUGAUGGACAAGGCUGUCAGUUUAGCAAGGCCUAUUCAAGAAGAUUUGUCAUCAGACCAGAAGCAGCAUCACAGUUUUUCUUUCCCCAGGGAGAGGAGAAGUAGCUUUAGCCCUGGGCAGAAAUCUUCAUUCUCUAGGCAUCGGGCAUCUUUUGUGGAAGGUGCUUUUCCUACUGCAAACACAGAAGUCUUAUCGAAGAGAAAUCAUGACACUUGCCUGAAAAUAGAUUCUGUGUAUUCACAAGAACUUUGUACAUUUCCUUUUCAGCAGAAUAAGAACUUACCUUUGUCUUCCCAGAUUCAUUCUACAUAUGCUUUAAACAACCAAGUUGCCUCACAGUUGUCCCCUAAGUCCUCAGUUAAUGAGGCUUCCUACAGGUCUGUGCCAAGCAAUAAUUUUUUCUCCAGUAUUCUGAAAACUUCAGAUAGUAACUCUAAUAUGAACCAACUUGCACCACUUAACUAUGAAACUAAUCCACUGGGAAUGUUAGACACCAUCAGAAGCAGGUCAUCUGUCCAGACCACUCCUUAUUUUAACACCUCAACCAUGCAGUCUCCAUCACCAUCUUCAAAUGCAUUUGCUCCGUCUCCACUGACAUCAGCCUCAGCAAAUCUUUUAUCACCUCUCGUCAAAGCUGGCCAUGAACUAUAUGGUAAUGUUCUGCCAAGGAAUAACACUUUAGGUUCCCCUUCCACUACAUUGUCGUCAAUGUCCUCCCCAGGAGGCAGCAGUGAGAUGUCACCACAGAGGUCAAGGCAUUCAUCUGCCUCGUCAGAGCAGAGUGGUUACUUAUCAGGAGGACAUUUGUCAGCUGCCUGCACCUUCAAGUCUAGUUCAAAGUCACCAUUAUCUCUGGGAUCUCCAAAGCCAUCUGUACCUCCUAGCCCUAAAGCAGUACUUGAAGGGCUGAUUCACCAAUGUAAGGACUCUCCAAACUCUUUACUGGCCACUAAUAAUGCCUUAAGCCACCAAAGUAAUAAUACACCGCCUGCAUUUUUAGGAGGUAUGAAUGAAAAGAAGAAGACUGGGCUUCUAGGAAUGCCUCUGAGUCCUGUCUUAAGUCAACAUAAUGCAGCUUGCUUUCCUGCCAGUAAACUGCUUUCUGCAGCAGCUAAAGCCCAGUUAGCAAACCAAAACAAACUUGAAGGUGGUGGCAGUGAUGGUAGUAGCAAUAUGGAUAUAACAAGCACUUUGCACAAGACAUUUUCUUUGAACUCUAAUGCUCUGCUAUCUGUGGUCAACUCUCAGAGUGGGAAGACCUUCACAGAGAAGCUUUCUGCUAAACAGAAAGAACACUCAAAGAGACGGCGAAGACGGCAUGCUCCACAUGUUUUAAGCAUUCUCAGAGAAUCGCAGGUAAGUAGUUCCCAGCAUGAGGAGUGUUUACAAGGCGAAACAUCUGCAGGUGAUACAGAAAGACUUCUGCAACAGCAGCCACAGAUGAAGACUGCACAACAUUCUCAGUACAUGUCUGUAGUUUCAGGCAAGCUUCCACCACUUGACUCCUGCUCAGUAAAACUGGAGGAUGAUCCCUUAGGGACUAAACGGGUCAAUCCUUCACUAACCACAAACCAGUCUCUUUCAUCAUUGCUUAAUUUAUUUCAGCCGCCAUCUUUGCCAUUAAGUGGUAACACAGGCAGUCAUACUGCAGGCUGUGCCAGCCUUCCUGUUCUUCCUCAUUCCAGCUACAGCAGCGAUGGCACUGGUGUAAUAUCUGACAAAUUUAAUAACUCUGCCACACCAAGCCUUCCAGUGACAGACAUAUUGCCAGCAUCUAGCAGUGAGGCUAUAACUUCUGUAAAUGCAAGCACUAAUGUUACUCCCAGUUUACAGGACUUUAAUAGCCAGGUACUUGGCUCUGUUGGGCAGCUUUCUUCAAGUCCUUCAGAACAAACCUCAGGGAUCACAUCACAUCUUCGAGUUCCAGUCUCCACUCCCACCUUGGUUCCAAACAACAGCUGCAGUGUCCAGACCUGCAGUGGAAAAGGUUCCUCCAUUCAGGCUGCUCAAACAACCAGCAGCACAUCUCCAAGAUCUAGUCCUGUAGUUUCUGUUGCUACCACAGCGAGUGGCAAUUUUUCCAGCAACUUGCCAUCUGGUGACAGUUUCCCAUUUCUGAGCCAAGACCAUCUGCUUUCUUUAGGAAACUCCUUGCCAACCAGUACUGGACUUCUGAACCCAAAUCUUUCUGCUUCAUUGCCCUUGCUGCUUGCCAUGAACCAGCAGCAGAUGUUGAAUCACAGUCUUCUAAGUUUGCUGUCUGCCACAUUACCAGGACAGAAUGAUGGAGCAAUAAACCCACCGGGAUUUCCAACCCCUUCGGUGAACUCAGCCAUGCAGCCAAACUUUAGUGACAUGGAUGGACAAACCAUGCAGAACCUAUUGAUGGCCUCGUUGCUUCAGAGUCCAUCUGUGAACCCUAUGCUUGCUCUUAGUGGACUAGGUCUGGCCAACCUAGACUUGCUGCAGCAACAGCCAAGCAGUUUGUUGUCUUCCCUGUUUCCCAUUCCAGGUCUUCAGGAUCCACUUUCUGUCUGUCAGUCUACCGGCGGAGAAAAGACGGAUGCUGUUGCACCUCAAACACCAUGCAGUGCCAUUCCUGGACUUUCUGGUGCUGAUGUUAAUUUGCAGUCUCUCCUAUUUCCCAUGCUUUCCAUCCCUCCAGCUUUAAUGGGUCUGAAUCCAACCCUUUUGGCCAAUGUUCUUGGCUCAUUGGACGCUGGUGCCAGCCAGCCACAGACAUGCAGCACUCCAUCCUCAGUUGGAUCUACCUCGAGCACCUCAACAACUGGGACCACAGCGGCAUCAGCUGCAGAAACUCCAGCACCCUUAAACAACACAAGUGCUUCUUUGAACUCUGGGAAACUUGGAGCUUCAGCAUCUCAUCUGACAAAUCCUUUGCUUGGGACGGGUGUGCUGAGUGAAACGAUGGCACUGAACACUAAUACUAGCAGCACAUAUCUCGAGGGACUACAAUCCCUGCUGGGCACUAACCCACUGUUCCUGCAGAACCAGCAGCCUCUUCUUCCAGGACUGCAGGGCCCACUCGGGCUUCAGCUGUUCCAAGGUCAGACUCCAUUCCCAGGCCAGUUAAACAACGCAGACCCUUUGGCCUGUCUCUUCCAUAAUCUCCAGCUUAACCUUGGAACAGCUAUUUCGAUUUCUGACAAACCAGUGACCACGUCAGAGCUGCAUGAAAAUGCUAAUCAUACUCCCUCUCACAGUCCUUUAGUUGGUGGACAGCAAACUGAGCACGCCUACAGACAUAACACGGCAGGGAGAAGUGACUCUUUCAGUGAUGUGUCAUGCACUUCAGCUUCAGAUUUUACAAGUGAUAGAACACAGGAUCCAGCCUGUUCUCCUCAAGAGGAUAUCCAUCAGCCUGGUCACUCUGUAUGUGCCACUGCCACAGGUGCCUUAUUCUGCUCUUUGUCCAGCCCUGCAGGUGCCUCUUAUGGGAGGCACAGCACAUCUCCAGCUGAGCAGAGCUGCAGUCAACAGACAAAUAUUAGCCCUAAAUACACAAAGGAACUGAAAAGCUCCAAACUGUCAGAAGGAGGGCCCGACAUGCAGCUGUGUUCCUCCAGAAACAGCCACAGAAUGGUAGGAGAUUCUGCACUGCUGACUGUGGGCCAAUGUGUUGAAAGUAGCUUGAAUCUAAAUGAGCAGCCAGAACUCAUCUUAAACCUUAGAACUGAACACGAGGCCCCACUCAAAUGUUUGCCUUCAGCCAUGUCAGCUAAAAUGGAAACUGCCAAGAACCAAGGGGACAGCUACUUACAUGUAAAUGGACGAGUUGUAGAUCAGAGUAGCAAAGAAGCUUCUGGUCUUCAGACGAAUGCACUGCUGUCCAGCAAUGUUUCUUGGCUGCCUCUGGACCAUUGGUCUCCCCCGCAGCGACGAAAUGGCGAGGUCACUGCGAUGAACACUAAAAGCUCUUCUUUAGACUUUGACAGCCCAAGGAAUACUUUGGAGAGCUUCAGGCCUCAAACUCUGCCAACAGAAUCCAGAGUAUCUGGAAUGAGUGAAUCUGAGGAGUCACUGUUACUGUCACAGAAACCAGUGGGGUGUCAGAGCCAGCAGAAGAUAGGUGAAGGAAAGGCCAUGCCUGAGAGGAUAAGUGCACCAGUGAGAGGCAGAAAAAGGCGGAGAAGACUGGUUACUCACUUACCCCGCUGCAAAAACAAGAAAAGCAGAUGAAAAAAGAAGAAAUCUUUACAGUUUCACAGAACCGCAGCUUCAUCAGAUUCAAAAUGAAAAAGCAAAGGAAUGUGAGCCAUUAAUCAUGUAGACAUGAACUGGGAUGCUAGAGCACGUCUUGCUUUUGGUUUUUGGAGUAGCUGUAUAAUGGAAGUUCAGAGACUGUCAACUUCAGACUGUUUUAUCAUGAAAGCUCCAUCAGAGCCAGCAGCCAGCUUUGAUGGAGGAUUGGUCUAUUUAAUACCCCUUCAUUUUAUUAGCAUGUAGUAGAUUCAAUGGUACUUGUUGGAUUGAUUUUCAGGCGGUUUCUGUUAACAGUUUUUGUGUUUUCUUUUCUUUUCUUGGUGACCAGCUGAUUGAGUUCACAUGGAAUGUCGCUACUUUGCAGCUGUCUGUUUUCUGACCUUCCAAAUCUUGUUCUUGUAAGUCACAGAAAAGUGUUCCCUGUCUCCCUGCCUUUUAAGAAAAGAAAAGGGCUUCACAAAUUCAGACUAAAGUCUUGUUGAAGUGCCUAAGGAUAUUCAGGGCCAACUUCCUUUGUUCAAAAGGCAAUGUUGCAUAUUCUGCCGCUGUAACAUUUGUUUUUUCAUUGCACUUGCUGUGCCACCUGAGGUAUUGGGGUCAUUUUCUUUGAAGUUCUGAAUGUUCUGUACAAUAUUUUAUUCUUCAUUGCUACCAUGAAUGAAUAAAUUGGUUUUGUUCUGCCGGCUUAAUUUCAAAAGUAGCAGGAGUAAGCAUCCAAACCAUCAUCCAGUUUAAAGAUUACAUCUUAAGAUAAUUAUGUAUUCCAUUGUAACUGCUGACACAUUGACGCUAA